AUGGCGCAUCAGCAUGGAAGAACAAAGCUCUUAAUCUUAUUAUGCGUGGCUCUAUCAUACUACUCUGUCAUCGCCAUUGCAGGGAAGAGCUAUUACGAAGUAUUGCAAGUGCCAAAAGGUGCAUCGGACGAACAGAUCAAAAGAGCGUAUAGAAAGCUAGCUUUGAAGUAUCAUCCUGAUAAGAAUCAGGGGAAUGAAGAGGCUAAUUUGCGAUUUGCGGAGAUUAGCAAUGCGUAUGAGGUGCUAUCGGAUAGCGAGAAGAGGAAUAUAUACGACAGGUAUGGAGAGGAGGGACUUAAGCAGCAUAUGGCUAGCGGAGGCAGAGGUGGUGGUGGAGGAAUGAAUUUUCAAGACAUUUUUAGCCAAUUUUUUGGUGGAGGUUCGAUGGAAGAGGAAGAGAAAAUCGUGAAGGGUGACGAUGUAAUUGUAGAAUUGGAUGCAACACUGGAGGACUUGUACAUGGGUGGUUCACUGAAGGUUUGGAGGGAAAAAAAUGUUAUAAAGCCAGCCCCUGGCAAAAGACGCUGUAACUGUAGAAAUGAAGUUUACCACAAGCAAAUUGGUCCAGGGAUGUUUCAGCAGAUGACAGAACAGGUCUGUGAGCAAUGCCAAAACGUCAAAUAUGAAAGGGAGGGAUAUUUUCUCACAGUUGAUAUUGAGAAAGGCAUGCAAGAUGGACAAGAGGUUGUUUUUUAUGAAGACGGGGAGCCUAUAAUUGAUGGAGAACCUGGAGAUUUGAAGUUCCGAAUUCGUACGGCAUCUCAUGAUGUCUUCAGAAGAGAAGGCAACGACUUGCAUACAACUGUCACCAUAACACUGGUUCAAGCGCUUGUUGGUUUUGAGAAGACCAUUAAACAUCUUGAUGAACACUUGGUGGACAUUAGCUCGAAGGGAAUCACUAAACCCAAGCAAGUAAGAAGGUUCAAGGGGGAGGGAAUGCCACUGCAUUUUAGCACGAAGAGCGGUGAUCUUUAUGUCACAUUUGAGGUUCUUUUCCCCACGGCACUAACAGAAGACCAGAAGAAAAAAAUCAAGGAAGUUCUUGGCUAG